GCCAUUUUUGAAAAUUGGGACGGUCCCGGGAUAACUGUAGUUGCCGCCGUCGGGAUGGCAGCUUUUGCUGUGGAGCCCCAGGCGCCCGCGCUGGGAUCGGAACCAAUGAUGCUGGGUUCCCCCACGUCUCCAAAGCCAGGAGUUAAUGCCCAGUUUUUACCUGGAUUUUUAAUGGGGGAUUUGCCUGCUCCGGUGACUCCUCAACCUCGAUCCAUUAGUGGCCCUUCAGUAGGAGUAGUGGAAAUGAGAUCACCUUUACUUGCAGGUGGGUCACCACCACAACCAGUUGUACCAGCUCAUAAGGAUAAAAGUGGAGCUCCGCCUGUUAGAAGUAUAUAUGAUGACAUUUCCAGCCCAGGUCUUGGGGCAACACCUUUAACUUCACGAAGACAGACUAACAUUUCAGUAAUGCAGAGUCCUCUUGUUGGAGUUACAACUACUACUCCUGGUACAGGGCAAAGUAUGUUUAGUCCAGCAAGUAUUGGUCAACCACGAAAGACGACACUAUCUCCUGCCCAGUUGGAUCCCUUUUAUACUCAAGGAGAUUCUCUGACUUCAGAAGAUCACCUCGAUGACACUUGGGUGACUGUGUUUGGGUUUCCGCAAGCAUCUGCUUCCUAUAUACUGCUACAAUUUGCACAAUAUGGAAAUAUCUUAAAACAUGUGAUGUCUAACACAGGAAAUUGGAUGCAUAUUCGUUAUCAAUCUAAACUGCAGGCCCGGAAAGCCUUAAGCAAAGAUGGGAGGAUAUUUGGAGAAUCCAUCAUGAUUGGUGUGAAACCAUGUAUAGAUAAAAGUGUUAUGGAAAGCAGUGAUAGAUGUGCUUUGUCAUCUCCAACUCUAGCCUUUACACCACCAAUCAAGACCUUAGGUACACCAACACAGCCUGGAAGUACUCCUAGGAUUUCUACCAUGAGACCUCUUGCUACAGCGUACAAAGCUUCUACUAGUGACUAUCAGGUUAUUUCUGACAGACAAACACCAAAAAAAGAUGAAAGUCUUGUAUCCAAAGCAAUGGAGUACAUGUUUGGCUGGUAGUAUAAUAAGAGCUAAGAACUCAUCUACAAGGCGGAGGUUGCUACACUAAAUCAGAUUACUGCCAGUUUCCUUUGGUUAGUUGUAUAACCAUUGGUGGCAGUGUUAAUUAUCUAUAGCAGCUAUUUCUUUCAGAAGCCUCUUUCUUUAAGGAUACAGCCUGUUUGUAGCUUGCACUUUAAAAAAUGCUUGAGAUACAUUUUGAAGAAAACUAAAAAUCACUCUAAAUAGGAUUUGUGCUUUCUGUGAUAGUGCAUGCUUAAGCAUAAAAAACUGUAAAUUAAAUGAUUGAUUUUUGUGGUGAGGCUUCCUAAUCUUCAUGAGAAGGUGGUAGAUUUCAUGAAUGAGAACUACAACCACUUCUAUUAAGACACAAAGAUUAUAAUUAGUGAUUUGAAUUAUGGUCUUUUAUUUUAGAUAGUAUUUAAUAUUUUAAUUAUCUUUGUAUAUGUCCUGUCAUGGAUUGUCAUCUUUUAGUGUUAUAAAACUCAAACAUUCUUUUU